GGUGCACUGAUUACGAGGAGCAUGGAAUUUUCACAGAAAUUAACAAACUUGCCUCCCUUUGGCCAGCUCCACUUCGAUGACAGUGACGACGAUAUGGACGUUGAUAUCGCCGACAUUCUGACCCCCUCCAGGGCCCCGGGUCAUAUAUCGCUCUUAUCCCCAAUGAUGGACGAGGACUCUGGUCUAGGAAUGGACACGGACGAUUCAGACCAAAUUGAACUUGAAUCUUCCUUCAAUGGUUUGAAAAACACGCCGAAGUUUUCAUUACAGCGUGACGACCAAAAUUCCGGAAGUAGACUUAUCCCCAGACGUACUCUCUUUGGACAAAGUUCCUAUAACAGAGAAGAUGGCUCUUAUUGUAAAACAAGAAGAGAGAAACAAAUUAUACACAGAGGAACAAUAUUAAAGAAGUCUUUGUCUUUUGAGGACUCUCCUCUCGUCAGAGCUGAGGAAACGGAAGUGAAGACUGCAGUUGCGCGGCUGACGGACGAGGAAAACCUUAUAGGAGACGGAAGUCAGGAAUGUUCUCUUCCCACCAUCAGGGGCAAGCACAGUGAUCUGAAAACCAUUACCGGAGAUACGGUGGUUGCAUUGCUGAGCGGGCGUUAUAAUGACGUCAUUUCCAGUUUCCGACUCAUUGACUGCAGAUAUCCAUAUGAAUACGAAGGCGGUCAUGUAAUGUCAGCUGACAAUAUCUACAAACAGACAGACAUUUCCAAUAUCCUGGAGAAUGCUACUUUGGAUGAUAAACGUCAUAUUCUUAUAUUUUACUGUGAAUUUUCAUCAGAGCGCGGACCAAAAAUGUACCGGAAGCUGCGCAGUGCAGACCGUGAGGUAAAUAAGGAUUAUUAUCCCCGACUGUUCUAUCCGGAAAUUUAUCUGUUACACGAGGGCUACAAAUCAUUUUUCCAAUAUCAUAAGAACUUUUGCACACCACAAGACUAUAAACCAAUGCUUCAUAAAGACCACUCGAACGAUCUACGUCAUUUCCGGACCAAAUCUAAGUCUUGGUCCGGUAGUGAGAGAAGAAGUGGACCACACAGACUCUUCUUUUAGAGAGUUGCUGGAUCAAAAACAC